AUGAAGAAGAUAGAACCGAUUUCGCUAAGCUAUGAAGCUAUGUUAAACACCAUGCCUAACAUUUUUGAGAAUUUGAUAAAAAAUAUUUGUUUGAAUGAUGAUUGUAGAAUUAGUUGUAUAGUUACAGAUGUGGAUAUGGGAUGGAGAUUAAAUGUUGGAAGCAAAUUUGGAAUCAAUGGAGAUCUCUUUUGGUCUUCAGCAGCAGCUAUGUUUGCCUUGGAUUACAAUAUUCCUAAGCUUAUUGAACAUACUAUAAUUGAUUCUAAUGGAUUAUCAGCCACUGGAAAAACAUUUCACCCAUCACCAAAUAUGCCAAUGAUGGACACAGAAGCUUUAGUUUGGUCAAAUGUAGGUGCAGACUCAAUAAGCCUUAAGAAAGUAUUUAAUCAUAUUAAGCAUUGUUCACAAACUACAAGUUUAUCAAAUUGGUGGCUUUGUAAUACAGCAUAUGAACUUGAACCUAGACCAUUAUCUUUUCUUCCAAAGUUUCUACCAAUUGGCCCUUUAUUGAAUAACUAUGAAAACAAAAGUGGAAAGAGUCAAUUGGUCAAUUUUGGGAAGAAGAUUUAUCUUGCAUGA